UCUCUCUCUCUCUCUCUCUCUCUAUGUCUAAACUUACUCUUGUUGGUGCUCCCUUCUCUACGUUUUCGCGCACAUUGCGCAUGGCUUUUGAUUAUCUAGGCAUUCACUAUGACUUUGAAAUAACCAUGCCUCAUACCGACCUUGCUUACAAAUACAAUCUUUUUGGUAGAUUACCUUCCUUAAUUCACGGUGACCGCGUUCUUUUCGAAACAGCUUGUAUUCGUGACUAUGUUGAUGCUGUGUUUGACCCUCGUUUGACUCCCACUGAUUUGGAGACUCGACUCAAAAUGCAUCAAAUGAUUAGUGUCUUGAGCGAUUAUGUAUUUCAUCAAGUUAUUUUUGGUGUAGCCAAACGCCGUGAGAAGUAUGAAAAUGAACAGGUACCCGAAGAGACGAUUGUGGAGCGAUUGGAAAAGGCAACCCAGACAGCAGGGAAAAUCAUUGGUGCAUUCGAUACUAUGUGUAGCCCAGAAGGACCCUUCUUGUGUGGCAAGGAAUUGACCUGGGCAGAUUACUUCGUUUAUCCUCCUAUGGCUGACUUGUAUGCUUUACCUGAAACCAAGUUCUUUCAAGAAAAGGGUCCUCGAUUAUACAAGUGGUUUAAGGUAUUUGAAAAGCGUCAAGAGGCCAUCGAUACUUUUGAAGAUACGGUUGCUGAUAUCAGAAACAAAAAGAGAUCCAGUAUAAUAAAUUGAUGUGAAAAUAAU